AUGGCCAACGUUUUGCAAAACCCUGCACAGUGCAUCUGCUUCUCAUCAGCUCCCACAAAUGGCAAAAUUAACAGAUUAUUUCGUGGCUCCAGUUCGAGUUCGAGUUCGAGUUCGAGUUCGAACUCUCUCAUGGCCACCAGAAUUAGGAUUAUGGCUGUGGAGGCAAAAAAAACAGAGGACAUUAAAAAUCCAUCCUCUGCUGCUGAUGAAAUUACCAAGAAAUAUGGCCUUGAAGUUGGGCUCUGGAAGAUAUUCUCGUCAAAAGAAACAAACGAAGAAAGCAAAGAUACGACCAAGUCGAAAGGAGACCAAGCAAAGGAACUCCUAGCAAAAUACGGAGGCGCCUACUUAGCAACCUCCAUAACCCUUUCCUUGAUAUCCUUUGGGCUAUGCUAUUUUCUAGUAAGUGCCGGUGUAGACGUGCCGGCAUUGCUGCACAAGGUUGGGAUCUCGACUGACGAGACAGGUGAAAAGGUCGGGACUUUUGCAUUGGCUUAUGCUGCCCAUAAGGCAGCCUCGCCUAUUAGGUUUCCACCCACUGUGGCCCUUACACCGAUCGUUGCUAGUUGGAUCGGGAAGAAAGUCGAGCAGGAAAAAGUAUAA